UCGUGGAUGAUACUUUAUAACAUUCUACAAACAUUCAGUUUAAUAACAAAAACAGUUACAUGCAAUUUUAUUGAUUCGGUUCAUAAUUUACAUACUGUGCACGGACUACACUCUUCGCGUAUUAAACCAUUAAGUUUUGCUGCCUAUAAUUGUAUAUGAAAUGUUUGAGUAGUAAUCUUUAGCAUAGAAUGGGGAAAUAUUCAGUACUUCUAAGUUUUCUGGUUUUGUUGUGUAGCACCUAUGUAGAGUCUGGUUUAUUUGAUGGCAUGCUGAACAGUGUGAACCCUUGUGAAACGUACUGUGAGAAGACAUAUCCCGGAACGUCAGUGUCCAACAUAAAAUAUGGAUCAUUCUGUCAGCAAGGCUGCAGGUUUUUUACUGUGGUAUAUUUGACUGGAGACAAGAAAAACAUGGAUUUGAACACUACCAAAGAUGCUUGUCAGGCAUCUUGCAUGGAAGCAUAUAGUCACACAAAGGAUCGUUAUGCGUGUAACCUAGGCUGUGCAAGCAUCUAUAAACAGAAAAAGGUUGAUACUUUGGUAGCACAAAUUAGCUGGUCAGUUUACGUUGAGGACGGCGACAGCAUCCUUAUGCUGCAGCCUGCGGGUGAUUUUGAACCAGAUGAUGUCCUGACAGAUCCAGGGUUAAAGAGCCAGCUUGAACACAGUUGGGGUCCUGGAAGUGGGGAUGACAACGGCAUUAAUCGAGGCAACGAUCGUUUACCCGAGACUCACGUAAAAACUUUGCCUUUUGAAACGGAUAAGACUGGUGGUGUGGAGGAUAAAAAUACUUUGGAAACUGCUCAUAGCCUUGGAGGCGACUGGUUAGAUUGCGCGGCUCGUAAAUCAGGCUUGCCGCGCCUACUUGUCGCCGGUGCUAUCACGUUUGCAGUUCUGCUGGCCGUGUGGCUUUGCUUGGCACCAGAAAAACGAACCAGCAAGCUGGAUAUCUUAAUAGCCUUGGAUGAGCCUAAAGAUCCGUUUGCUUGUCCACCCAAAUAUUCACUUCACAUAGAUAAAGUGUAAAAUGGGAGGCAGUUUCAAUUUGGUGGCUUCAUAAGAAAUAUUUGUAAGAUAACCAUCACAUCAAAUGGUAUUCGUAAAAAAAUGAUCUCUUGUACAUGUAAGGUGCACAGAAGAGAACAAUAACUUGUUAUUAAAUAUUUACAUAUUUCUCUCAAAUCUCAAUGUGAUUUUCAUCUUGUCAUAAUGUAAUUACGAUAUUAUAUUUAAAAGAGAUUUUUGCUCGUUGCAAAAAUAUUUGUGCCUGUGUUUACAUCAAAGAAGAAAAUUAAUGUUUGUAAGAAAAUGGGGGGGAAGGGCAGAACUUGAAAAUGGAAAUUUGAUACUGCAACUUGGCUACUUUUACAUUUGACUAGAUGAGUUUAGGAGCAUAUCUUGGAAUAUUUAAAUGUUGGGUAAUGUUUAGUCCAAAAUAAUGGUUGUAUGUCUCAGUAAAAUUGUCAUAUAUACAAAUAUUGAGGAGGAGGAGGAACUGUAAAAAGACACGUGGAGAGGCUUGGUUGUCAAACACACAUGAAGUGGAAACAUCGUAAGAAGAAAUACCACAUACUCAAGGAAUAAUAUGUAUCACUUUUCUGAAUUAUAAAAUUACUUCUUAAAUAUUACCGUGAUUAUAUGGUAUGUGACUGGAGUUAAGCAGAAACAUCUUUCCCAAUGUCCAAUUCUUUCAUUUAUCCACUCAUUCAGUCGUGUCGAUACGUUACGUUUGGCCCGAGUUACUAUGUAAUUAUAUAUUGACAUUUGAAAUUGAAUAGCAUUAUUAGUUUGAUGUCUUAUGUAGAUUAUUUUCAUCAAUAUGGCAAACGAAUCUUCACAAAUAAUAUUUAGUUGAAAUGAAGAAUAUAUAUUACUUUUGAAGUAAAAAUUAACACCUACAGUUUAAAGUUUUAUUCUUUUUGAAAUACAUGUUUCAGCCAAAUGUGGCCAUCAUCAGGUUCGAAUACUGUUACUUAUUCAUUCUGCUGAUGUAACUGUCCUAGUGCAUUGAAUUUUAAAUUGUAUUCGAACCUUAUAAUGGCCACAUUUGGCUGAAACAUAUAGUUAAAAAUAAAAAAAUAUGACCUGUGAGUGUUUGAACGUUACUGACAAGAAUUUUGUGAAUUAGGUGGUGACAGAAAAAAUACAUAAACUUUCUUCAAUAUUACAAAUUAUUAUUUCAAGAAUUGAUGACAAUUUCUGUACUGAACUGAUGGCGGCCCACUAUAUGUUGUAUUAUGACUACCAUUGGUUGAUGAUGAGCUUACUUACGACCUUUGAAUAGCAUAUAAACCAGAAACUUGCAAUUAAAAAUGUAAUUUGGUUGAUAUGUGUUUUAAGAAUUAUGUUAUUUGAAUAUGUUUAGGGAAUGUAGAACAUAGAUUCAGUAACUGGCAAAAAUGCAAUGCUAGAGGAAUUGAAUGCUGAAUAUGAAAAGCAAUUUGCAUUCAUUAAGGCAGCUCUUGCUAUUCUACUUCUGUGUCUUUUUUUAUUAUUAUAUUCUUGUUCAGUUUAAACACGUAUUCCAUAACUGCAAAAUAUCUAGUCACGGAACCUGACAAAUGAUGUACUUGCCAGUUGUUACCUCAGCCUUCUUUUAUAAACGGUGUUGUAUUUCCAAUGUUUUGUUAAUGUUGUGUUCAAUUUUUGCUGUUUGUGUCAUUUAGCUUAACAGAACUGCAGUAUUAUGAACUAAAUGUACGAAGUUAGUAAUUAAAGGGAAAUUAUAUGUAUGUUAUCUCA